UCAUAGAAUUUCUAACUUCUUUGGAACUGGAAUGUGUCAACCAUGUUUGUUAUAGUCGAUUUGAUUCCUACAAAAUUUAACUUGAAAAGUUGGUAUUUAGCAAAUAAAUUUGGAUGGAUUGAGGCUCCAAACCAAUGAGGUUUCCAAUCCCACCCUCCUCCAAAUAUGUCCUUAAUAAAAAACGAUGAAUUUAUACUUGCAAUACCACCGUUGACCACAUGGAGCGCUGUUAGAAAACAUGACAGUGUGCAACAGGAAGCACAGUCCGCUUCCCUUCAGGCACAGGUAGUACAAUGCUCUACAGCACACCUAGUGGUGAACAGAUUUAGUGCACAGAGCGAUUCUAGUUGAGCAGUAGCCUGUAUUCUGCUGACUCCACUUAUGGGGGUUGUUAUUAAUACAUUUGUCAUAUAUAUGUUGUGAAGUGCCGGCUGAAUGAGAAUCCACACUUGGUUAUAGAGACGUCUUCCCUUCAGAAGCUGAGAUGUCACCUCACUGUGGAUGUGGCCCUUUAUCUGUAGAUGUGCAUUGAGUGGCGACUCUUACCUAUGCUGAGCUAUAUGCCAUGACUUUUAGUAGGUAAAAAUUAACCAGCUUCCUUCCUGACGAUCAGCUGAGUGGUGCUGGAGGAGGUCUCUUAUCUCUUGGGCAGAUGAUUCUCCCCAUUAUCAGUAGGACACUCAUGAAUCCAGGCAAGCAGAAGAGGACACAGACCUGCAUCUGGCACAUCUUCUGAGGGAACCAGACACAAGACAUGAUCGCAACGUGUCACGAGAGUCAUGGUGAGACCUUAGAGAACAUCAUGAUGGAGCUUCUUGGGUUUCAUAACAACUCCUAAAGAGGAACCAUUGGGAUGAGAAGGUGACACGUUCUCCAGGACUCCAUUCAUGCCUCGUAUGUGGAAUAGAUCUACCAUCCCCGAGGAUCGCUGCUUCACCUCGCUUCAGAGAUGAACCUCUAGCCUAUGAUCUGCCUCACAGUCUCCAGCCAUGUCUCAGCUCUUCUGGUGCAGCCGGCAGACCAUGUUGGCCAUUGCCUUGUCUUUGGGAUAUUUCAUGUACCUCUUUAUGGGAGCCGUGAUGUUCCAGAUGCUGGAGAAACAAGCCGAGGCCAACUCCAGGGACAAGUUCCAGCUGGCCAAGUUAGGGUUCCUCCAGAACUACACCUGCCUAGAUGCUCGAGCGCUUGAACAAUUUGUACAGAUCAUCACAGAGGCCUGGGAGAAUGGGCUGAACCCCAAAGGGAACAUCUCCAACCCCAGUAACUGGGACUUCAGCAGCUCCUUCUUCUUUGCUGGAACCGUCAUCACUACGAUAGGUUACGGUCACUUGUACCCGAGCACGACGGCCGGUCAGGUGUUCUGCGUCUUCUACGCUAUCUUCGGGAUCCCCCUCAAUGUGGCGUUCCUGAACCAGAUCGGUAAAGGCCUGAACCCCCACCUCAUCAUCCUCAGCAGAUGCUCGCAGGACGCAGAAGGCUCGGGGGUGAUGAAGCUGCUGCUGAUGGGCCUCUUCCUCACCACCGGCUCCGUCCUCUUCCUCGUCUUUCCCCCCAUGAUCUUCAGCUAUGUGGAAGGCUGGAGUUACGGAGAGGGGUUCUACUUCGCCUUCAUUACGCUCAGCACCAUUGGGUUCGGAGAGUACGUAUUAGGUACUGAUCCCAGUAAACACUACAUCUCCAUCUACCGGAGCCUGGCGGCGCUGUGGAUCAUCUUCGGCUUGGCGUGGCUCUCCAUGGUCUUUAACCUGGUAGCAGAAAUGGUGGAAAAGUUAAUCCACCGGAGGAUGCACAGAAGUCACGUGACUAAGGAGGAGGCGGCGGUGCAGAAGACAGAGGAACAAAAUGUCCAGCGCAGGGUCCAGUUCUAGGGUCUUCAGGUGGGACGUUCGGCCCGUAUUAUGGCCACAAGGGGACAGGACAAUGCCACAUAUCAAUGUACAGAACUGGUCAUCAGGGAUGGACUGGGGGUCCGCAGCCGUGACAUCACCAUCUGAUGACCUCACCGCUCUGCCAUCUGAUGACAUCACCGCUCUGCCAUCAGAUGACCUCACCGCUCUGCCAUCUGAUACAUCACUACUCUGCCAUCUGAUGACCUCACCGCUCUG